AACCAAGUGUGCAAUCAUUGUUCCAAACAUUUUCCCCACUUCUCCACACAUUCUUUAUUCCCACUUCACCAAAAACCAAACGUUUUACACGACUGUAAUAAUUAAUUUAACAAUUUCUUGAAACCCCACUUCAAUCUUUCUCAAGUUCAUCCAUUGGUGCAAGUAGGAUUUAUUUUAUUUUAUUUUAUUGCAUCAAAUGUUAGUAAAAUAGAUCAAGAUUAAGAACGUCCAAGCUCACAUAUUGAUGUGACGUGACAUCUAAUAUCAACAAAAUAGGAGUAAAUGGUAUGUUGUUCCCUCAAAAAGAAAAAAAAAAAGAAAGAAUUGAAUAGAAAUGGGGUCAUGUUUCAGGUGACUUACAUUUUCUUGGUGGGUUUUGUUUCCUUGGAUGAGAUUUACACAGAGAGAGAAAUGGUUGAAGAGCCCACAUGAUGCCCUAUAUUAUAUAUAUUUUUUUAAUCUUUUAAAUAUUUUCAUAAAAUAUAUAUUGAAGAUAUAUGGUAUGUAUAGUUGGUUAAUGGGUGGUAUUAUCUUUGGUGUGGCUCCUAUGGCUUCUCCAAAACACCCCAAAAAGCAUCAUAUGGCAUAUGAAGCUUCUUAAUCACUUUUUUUUGGAGCAUAAUUUUGUGCCAAAGUUGCAAUCUUCGUGCUCCAAGGAUGAGUGCGUUCUGGAUUAUUCUGCUUUCGGCACUCUCUCUAGGAGUGUUGUCGGAUGGCUCGAGCACAAAUGCUUCUACGAGGCCUGCCGUUGUGAAUGUUGGAGCGAUCUUCACUCUUGAUUCAACGAUUGGGAGAGUUGCCAAGGUUGCCAUUGAAGAGGCUGUCAAAGAUAUCAAUGCCAACUCGAGUGUGCUUAGAGGAUCCAAAUUCAAUGUGAUAUUCCGAAACUCCAAUUGCAGUGGAUUUCUUGGCUUGGUUGAAGCUCUACGGUUUAUGGAGACGGACAUUCUUGCAGUAAUAGGUCCUCAAUCUUCUGUGGUUGCGCAUACUAUUCUGCACGUCGGGAACGAGCUGACAACUCCCUUUGUGUCGUUCUCUGCAACAGACCCUACUCUCUCGACCCUUCAAUUUCCUUAUUUCGUUAGGGCAACGCAGAGUGAUCUGCAUCAGAUGACUGCGGUGGCUGAGAUAGUCGAGAACUAUGGUUGGAAGGAAGUGAUUGUUAUCUUUCUUGAUGAUGAUUACGGCAGAAAUGGGUUGUCUGCAUUGGAUGAUGCGCUUGCAGCUAGGCGCUGUCGGGUUUCCUACAAAGCGGGGAUUCCUCCCGGAGAUGUGAGCCGGAGUGACAUCAUGGAUCUACUCGUCAAAGUUGCGUUGACGGAGUCUCGUAUCAUUGUCCUGCAUACUUAUCCGCCUACUGGAUUUACGGUGUUUUCUGUGGCGCACUAUCUUGGAAUGAUGGAUGACGGCUACGUCUGGAUUGCCACGGAUUGGCUCUCGUCUGCCGUGGAUUCUUCUUCGCCCCUUCAGUCGGUAGGUAUGAUGGAUGCUUUGCAGGGAGUGAUUUUUCUACGACAGUACACACCGGAUUCAGAGAGGAAACGGGCUUUUUCAGCACGGUGGAACAAGGUGACCGGUGGUUCGUUGGGGCUAAGCACCUAUGGUCUAUAUGCUUACGAUGCUGCUUGGUUGACCGCUCAUGCUAUCGACUCAUUCUUCAAUGAAGGAGGGAAUAUCUCAUUUUCUAACGAUUCCAACUUGCUUCCGACACAAGGAAGUAAGCUUCAUCUCGAUAAAAUGGUGAUUUUCGAUGGGGGUCCUCUCCUUCUCAAGAGUAUGAUGGAAAGUGACUUUGUUGGUCUAACGGGACGGGUCAAGUUUAGCGACGAUAGGUCUCUAGUUUAUCCUGCGUAUGAAAUUAUAAACGUCGUUGGGACUGGUCUCCAUCGGGUUGGUUACUGGUCCAACCAUUCAGGAUUAUCAACUAUUGCUCCCGAAGCUCUGUAUUCGCAUCCUCCCAAUCACUCUACUUCGACUAAUCAACUAAACAGUGUUCUUUGGCCAGGAGAGUCCAUAAGGACGCCCCGUGGUUGGGUGUUUCCCAACAACGGGAAGCAACUGAGGAUUGGGGUGCCACGACGUGUUAGUUACAAAGAAUUCGUGUCUCAAGUUCAAGACACCAAUAAUUCCAAAGGCUUCUGCAUAGAUGUAUUCACAGCUGCUGUAAACCUGCUGGCUUAUGCCGUUCCCUAUCGGUUUGUCCCCUUCGGAAACGGCCUCAAAAAUCCAAGUUAUAACGAGCUCGUGAAGUUGAUCACUACAGGAGAAUUCGAUGGCGUGGUUGGAGACAUAGCAAUCACAACGAACAGGACAAAAAUCGUGGAUUUCACGCAGCCGUAUGCUGCAUCUGGACUUGUGGUGGUGGCCUUGGUUAGUAAACGGAACACAGGCGCUUGGGCUUUCUUGAGGCCGUUUUCUCCUCAACUGUGGGCAGUUAGUGCAGGGUUCUUCGUUUUCAUUGGCAUAGUCGUGUGGAUUUUGGAGCAUCGGAUGAAUGAUGAGUUCCGAGGGACACCAAAGCAGCAGCUAAUAACAAUUUUGUGGUUUAGCCUCUCAACUUUGUUCUUUGCUCACAGAGAGACGACCGUGAGCACCCUCGGGCGCGCAGUGCUGAUCAUAUGGCUUUUCGUGGUUCUGAUCAUUAACUCGAGCUAUACUGCGAGCUUGACGUCUAUACUCACAGUACAGCAGCUCUACUCUCCUAUCAAAGGAAUCGAGAGCUUGAAAGAUGGCGACGACCCCAUCGGAUACCAAGUGGGCUCUUUCGCGGAGCAUUAUCUGACCGACGGAAUUGGCAUACCCAAGUCGAGGCUUAUACCUCUCGGAUCACCGGAAGAGUACGCCACGGCACUUCAACGCGGUCCCAAGAAAGGAGGCGUUUCUGCUAUCGUUGAUGAACGGCCGUACGUAGAACUUUUCCUGGCAAGCCACUGCAAGUUCAGGAUUAUUGGCCAAGAGUUCACCAAAAGCGGCUGGGGAUUUGCAUUUCCACGAGACUCGCCUCUGGCCAUCGACCUAUCAACCGCGAUCCUAACCCUAUCCGAGAACGGGGAUCUGCAACGGAUCCACGACAAGUGGCUGACGACGAGCGCGUGCAGCUCGGAGAACACGGAGCUCGAAUCGGACCGGCUCCAUCUAAAGAGCUUCUGGGGCCUCUAUCUUCUAUGUGGUAUCGCGUGCUUCCUCGCGCUCCUCGUCUACUUCAUCCAGAUCAUCAACAGGUACCGGCAAGCUGCCAGAGAGGAGCUCGUUUCGUCGGCGGGGCCGGGCAGCUCGCGCACGAAACGCAUUCAGACGUUGCUGUCGUUGAUCGAUGAGAAGGAGGAUAUAUCACGACGGGAGAAAAAACGAAGAAAGCUUGAGAACUCAUUGUCCGAGAACAAUGGGAAGCGAGAGAGAGAGAGGGAUUCCAAGAGGAAGCAUUCUUCCGCGAACAACAGCUUCAACAUGAGGACUUGAUGAGGGACUCACCAUGGCGUUGUCGCGUGCGAUAAUAAUACAACUAUGAGACUGCAAAACUAUGCUCCUCAAUGUUGAAGCUUAUGCUAUGAGGCUAUUGCCAUGAGAAGUGUUGUAUACCAACAAUUUUAAUUAGUGGAAAUUGUAGAUAAUACACAGGCAUAUAGUUGAGUAUUACUCCAGCUUUAAUUUUUCAUCAUAUUUUAUGCUUAUACUUUCGAUGAACAUAAAAUCCUAAAAUAAAACCAUUAUUUCAUUUUUCUUUUGA